UCAAGGCUCCCUCCGCUGCUCACAUCUGGCUGGGGCUUGCUCUUUACGUGGUUGCCCUGCUUUCUUUGCUUUCUUCCUUUACUUUCAAGAAACUGCGUUUCCGCUUCUGGCCAAAGAGACCUAGGAGCCUCGGAGAUAAAGGUGCCGGGAGGGGCCCCAGCUGCUGCCUGCGCCUCCCCUACCCCCUUUUAAGCCUUCUUUCCCCAGGACUUUUUUCUCUGCUCUGUUGCCUUUCACGAGUCUGUGCCUCCCUUUCCUGGGACCAGCCGAGAUGCUCUAAAAGGCGGUGCUGGGAGCUCCCCGGAGAGGCCGCUGUGAGCACGGGGUUGGCGGCCCAGCUGGACAGAGGGCCCUGUAGGAAGAUGGGCUCCCCGGGAUGGGGACCUGUGCUGGCCUGCUGCCUGCUACUGGCUGUUGCCUGUGGCCCAACCCUGAGCCUGGUGCCCCGUAUCCAGCAUGACGAGCAGGAGCAGGAGGGGACCAAGGAGCCGCCAACCCCGCCGGACCACACUGACAGGGCUGAAGAAAAACAUGAAAAAUACAGCCCCAGCCAGGGCAAGGAGCUGCCCACUUCCCAGUGCUUUCGCUGCUGUGACCCCGCUGGCCCCCUGUACCCAGUGGCCCCAGUGCCCCAGAUUAACAUCACCAUCCUGAAAGGCGAGAAGGGUGACCGCGGGGAUCGUGGCCUCCAGGGGAAAUACGGCAAAACGGGCUCUGUGGGCGCCCGGGGCCACGUUGGACCCAAAGGGCAGAAAGGUUCCGUGGGGGCCCCCGGGGACCGGUGCAAGAACCACUACGCCGCCUUCUCCGUGGGCCGCAAGAAGCCCCUGCACAGCAGCGACUACUACCAGACGGUGGUCUUCGACACGGAGUUCGUGAACCUCUACGGCCACUUCAACAUGUUCACGGGCAGGUUCUACUGCUACGUGCCCGGCAUCUACUUCUUCAGCCUGAACGUGCACACCUGGAACCAGAAGGAGACGUACCUGCACAUCAUGCGUAACGCAGAGGAGGCCGUGAUCCUGUACGCGCAGGUCAGCGACCGCAGCAUCAUGCAGAGCCAGAGCCUGCUGCUGCAGCUGCGCGAGCAGGACGAGGUGUGGGUGCGCCUCUUCCGCGGCGAGCGCGAGAACGCCAUCUUCAGCGACGAGUUCGACACCUACAUCACCUUCAGCGGCUACCUGGUGAAGCACGCGGCCGAGCCCUAGCCAGACCCCGCCCCGCGCCCCGCCCCGCCCCGCCCCGCGCCC